AUGCUUGUUGCUGAAUGUUUAACAUCACUGUUAUUUCCAUUUCAAUGGACACUACUUUAUGUUCCAAUUGUAUUUACUGCUGCACUUGUUUGUCUUGAUGUACCUGUACCAGCUAUAAUGGGUCUUUGCAUAAAUAAAUCAAAUGUAAAUUCUGAUAGUAAAGAUGGUGAUGAUGAUGAUAGAAAUAGUGAUACAAGUGAUGAAUUAACUUUUGAAGUUCAACGAUGUAUUGUUCAUAUUGAUACGGGACAUAUUCAAUUGCCUGAUGAUAUGCCACGUUUUCCAGAUCGAACUCUUUUUAAAAAUGAAUUAAAUAAUAUUUUAUCUCGAUUUAAUAAUUAUAUUCAUAGUAAUUUAUCGAAAAAUUCUUUUAAAACUAAAGAAAAAUAUCAAAAAAGUGAAGAUUGGACACAUGUUGAUGAUCAUAAUUUAUUAAAAGAAUCAAAUGAUGAACCAAGUCAAGCAUUAGCAAGACUUGCAGCAAUAGCUAAACGUGCAGGCGUUGUUGUUAAUAAUAAUAAUGAUGAUGAAAAUAAUAAUAGACCAUCAUGUUUAUUUAAUGAAUCUGAAUUACGUCGAAUUUCAGCGAAUAAUUGUUUACGUGCAUCAUUUGUAAAUCGUUUUGCCCAAUUAUUUAGUCAAAUGGAUGCAUUUAUAUGUUAUCCACCUGCAGGCAAAUAUUCUAAUGUUGAUCAAUGGUUAACACAAAGAAGUACAACAAAAAAUUUUGAUCGAACUAUGUUUAUUGCUGAUCAACCAAAACCACAUGUUCCUUUUUUACUUGCAUUUAUGGAAACACAAUCAUUUGUUUCAUUUGUUGAUAGUAAAAUUACAGCAAAAUUUAAUGAAGAUAAUCAUCUUUUUGGUUUAACUAAUAAACAUUUAUAUUAUUUUUCUGAUCGUAUUCGUUUAUAUCGUGAUCGUCGUGAUUUAACUUAUCAAUGUUGUCCAUCAAUUGAUUCAAUUGAUGAAGAAACUCGUCGUCGUUUUAUUUCACCUCUUCCAUCUUCUUUAAUUGUAAUGAAUGCACCUUUAAUUCGUCCAAUUAAUAAUUUAUUUUCUACAUCGAAUAAUUCUUAUUUAUUUGAAAAUCUUAAUGGAAGUUUACUUGAAUCAACAACAUCCAUAGAUAUAUCUUCAUCUUUAUCAAGUGAAAUUCCAAAAAGAAAUUCACGUUUAACUCGAUCAUUUCAAACAAAAUAUCCAAAACGACGUACUACAAGAAUAAAAAAACAACAAACAGUUACUUCAAAUGAACAUCAACAAGCUGUUGUUCUUGUUGAUAAUGAUGUUGUUUUUCAACAAUUACUUAAAGAAUGUACUACUAAAACAAAACGAAUGGUUAUUGAAAAAAUGGAAGAUAUUGUUGAAGGUUCAUCAGCAAUAAAAAAUGUUGAUUCAUCAUCUAUGGUUAAUUUAGAAGAAAAUGUUUUAAUAGCAGGCUUUUGUGAUUUACUUGAACGUACUUGGUCUCAUGGUCUUCAUCAUAAACCCAAUGGAAAAUCUGCUUUAUGGAAUCAUAUUAAAUAUUAUAUUAAACUUAAUAAUUAUGAAUCAGCACAAAUGUCUCAUGCCGGUCUUCCACUAACACUGAAUAAAGAUGAAAAUCCAGCUGUUGUUUGGUGUUUAAUGCGAAAACAAUUAGUAAAUCGUAGUGCAUCAGCUAGUCGAUCACAAUCUCCCAGUGGUCAUCGUUCUCAUACUCUUCCACGUCCCCAAAUGAGCCUACAUCAAGCACGUUCAUCACCUCUAUUAGCAAUUGCAAGUUCAACAUUAAAUCUUAGUGCAUCUGAUAAAAUGAUGAAAGAUAAUCAAUCGAAUACAUCUCUAGCUCAUGAUUUUCAUACCAUUGAAUCAUGUUUUGGACACAAUCCAGUGUCUGUUUCAGCAUCUGAAAUUGGUUUUGCUCGUGCUUUUGUUCGUUUAGCACUUGAACGUCGUCUUUUAUCUCGUCAUUUAUCUGAAUUAUUUUCUCAUAGUGAUCUCUUACAAGCAUUGUAUAAACGUGAAGCUUUUUUACGUGCCGACGAUGGAGAUUUAAGAAAACAAUUUUUAGCUCAUAUUGAAUCUCUUCAAUUACUUGAUUAUAAAUGUUUUUCAAAUUCUUAUCCAGAUAUUGAUAUUAUUUAUCAUGUUAUUAUUGUUCCUACUAGAGCACGAGCAACAGGAAUUUCUAGUACAACAACGGCUAAUCCAUAUGUUGCAUUAGCUGGCCUUUUGGGAUCGACAAAAGUUAUACCAUUACCAUCAAAAAAUACACUUGAAAUUAAAUUCAAACACAAAAAUUUGGGUCAAUUAACCACACUUCGAAUAGGUCACGAUAAUAGUGGUUUAAUGCCUCGAUGGAAUAUUGAUCAUGUUCUUGUUCGAAAUCAACUAACAAAUAAUGUUAAUCGAUUUCCAUGUGGACGAUGGUUAGGCAAAGGUGUCGAUGAUGAUAGUUUGGAGCGAGUUCUUUUUAUUGAUUCAACAUAUUCCUUUGAAAUGAAUGAUAAUAAUAGUAAUGGUUUAUUCGAUUCUGGUUCAUCACCUCAAUUAAUGACAACAAGUUUCAUCAGUGGUGGAUCUCAAGCAAAUUUAUUAGCUUCAGUACGAUCUCGAUCACCUAGUUUACGACGUGUCAAUGAUCAUAAUUUUGUCUUCAGUUGGCUUUCGGAAAAUUUUUAUCGUCAAAAUCAAUCAAAUCAACAAGCUGAUGAUAUUUAUGAAUUGUUGGGUCGAUCGAUUAAUCAAUUAGUUAAAUAUUUUGAUGAACCUGAAAAAAAAAGAGGACUUAUCACACCAAUUUUAUGUGGUGAAGAUGGUCUUGUUAAUGCAUUAGAAAAAACACUUUCCUAUGGUUUGAAGAAAUCAACUGGGAAUGUUCCAUUUUUUGGUGGUGGACGAAAACGAUAUGUUUGGGAUUUCUUAAUUAAAGUUUGUGAUGAAUAUGAUGGACGUCGAUCCCAAUGGCAACGUACUGUAUUAGAGAAAACUAUUAUUUGUUAUAUAAAUGGAGUUCGAUCAAUUGAAAAAGGUCUUGCUACUUUUGGUAAAGAUGGUCGUUUUCAAAGUUGGUGUUGUUUAGCUUGCAAACUUCAUUUACUAUCAGAUUGGUUUAAAUUAUUAAGUCAAUGUAGCGAUGCAUGUCUACAACAAUUCUAUGAUCCAUUAAAUAAUUGUUUCCGACAAGAGAAACUUAAUCAAUUUAUUGUCAAUAUUUUAGAGCCUGUUAGAGAUUUUGAUUUCGCUCAUUUGGAACCAGCAUUACUCAAAGGACUUGCUGGUGUUUAA